AUGGCUUUCUUUGCUUUGGGAAAGGCUAAAUACUGUUUGAAAAGUUCGGAUUGUUCGGCCCUUGAAUCCUGUUGUGCAGAUAACGUCUGCAGACAAAGAUGUCACUACUGUUCGUACGACCACCAAUGCGGAACUAGCGAGCAAUGCUGUGAUAACAAAUGCAUCAGUAGUUCGUCUUCUUGUUUCUGUGCGAACAAGUACGAAUGUGGAUUAGGCAAGAUAUGCUGUAAAAACAAAUGCAUCAGUGAGUCGUCUUCUUUUUUCUUGUACGUAUGACUUCCAAUGUGGCAUUGGAGAGGAAUGUUGUCGGGAGUGUGUUCGUCAAACUGUGGUUUGAGCAGUGGAACUAUUGCAAGUAUUAUCAUCAGCAAUAUUGUCUUCUUCGCCUUCGUCAUUUGCACUGUAUCCUACCUCUGCUGUGCUUCCUGCCCGUAUUACCGUUAUCGUGCACCCGGUACUGUGAUCGUCACCCAACAGCUGCAACAACAGCUCGUCCCCAACUCAGGCACACACGGUGACGACGCAGCAAGUACAAGCUCCUGUGCUGCAUAACUACAACCAGCCUUCUCCAGCAGGUUACAACCAGCCUCCUUCAGGUUUACACCAAGCACCACCCGCUUAUUCGCCACCUAUUCCAAACCUGAAUCCUUCAGCUGAGAUAAAAGGACAAGCCGUUUCGAUACCGCCUCCCAAACCGGCCAAGUACUAAGAUGUUUGAAGCAAGUCAACAUGGAAACAACCGGCAACUAAUUUAUGUAUGGCAUAUGUCAUAUAUCCAUGGUAUGGCGCAAGUUUGCAUAGAACAAUUUUUUACAUCGGAGUAGAAUUAGAGAAAAUUCACAAUUACCAUCCCAAGGUUGAGGAUCUUAGUGGAAUGAUGGCUUUUACGGUUAAUGUUGACAAUUUUGGCCCAUUUACGGCUAUAAACAGAUAAUACCUUUCCAUUGUGGUCACCAGAAAUUUUCCAUACGGUUAACUUUUCGUACGGCUAACGAGUAAAAUUUGUCAAUUUCUGAGCCAAAUGGCUAAUUUUUUUGGCCGUCUUACUGUUAUCGGUUAACCCUAUUGGAUAUUUCAAGCUUCUUACUCAAUUGUCGAUUUCCAGUAAGUUACAAUUGCGUGACAUGCAAAGUAAUUUUCCCGGAGUUUCAUCAUUUUAUUUGCUCUUUUCACGGAUGCUUGCGGAAGUACAGUUUUCUAUUAAUAUUUUACGAUAGAGUCAAGGCCUUCGUUUAUGAUGUUUCCAAAUCACUGAAUAUGAAUUAUUUUAAUAAAUGUUAAAUUUGGUUGAAAUGGCUAAAUAAUUAGAAAAUAAUUGCAUAAACUUUAUUCAAGACGAACUGAUACAAGAUUAAUACGAGUCGUCAUAAUUAAAAAAAAUACAUUAAGAAUUUGAUUAAAUACAAUUUUUCGAAGAGGGUAUUUACGAGUGACUUUGUUUUUUCUUGAAUAACGUCAGGCUUGACAGAUUUCCGGUGUCUUUAGGAACUUUGUUCAAUAUUUGGGCCUUCCUCAAUAUCAGCUUUGGUCUGAAUUGAAAGGUACUGAACCAUCCCCGUUAAGAUAUUAUGUAUAUACACUUUGUUUGGUGGCUUAACAUUUAAUACUUGCGGGUAAAUUGUGAGACUCGUAGUAUUUAUUCGCGCCCCAAAGGCGCGAGGAAAACUGCGAAGAAAAUUGCGAUUAGUGAGCAAGAUGUCCGCUCGUAUUAAAUGUCAAACCAUUAAAAAUGGGUUGUAUUAUUCCACUACUAUUUCAAUUUUUAAUAUUUUGAUCAAAUAUAUCCUAAAGCCUUAUCGGUGCAUCUACGCGUAGCCGUACCCCCCCACCCUCGAGAGAAAACGGAAGGGGGGGAACGUCGACCAAAACCUGACACCAAUCGUGUUUUGUGACGUCACUUUUGAAGGGAACGAUGUUUCUGGUUUCCCCAGCUGUGAGACGAUCAUCUUGCGUAAUAAGCGUUAUGGUGAAAAUAUUAUAAGAGUUUGUAUGAGAAUAUUUACUCUUAGGAGUAAAUAUAACAAUACUUCACACUUUUACUGUGCAUUGCUUGUUGUCUGACCGCUUACUUUGUUAAACCGCGGCCAUUUUUAGCGAGUUAACCUCUUCUAAGUUUUCCUGCUCCUAAGGCUACACACUCCAUUUCCGAAAGCGAAAAACCCAAUCUCAAAAUGACAGGAAGUUAAUCUUCUCACAGCUGGAGCUUGGGCCGCCUGUAUGCCAGUGAUCGAUCGCCUUCCAUCUCUAGAAGAAACCGGUCACUUUAAUUAUCGUGCCGUCGGUUAAAGCUUUCAUAAAACAAUACUUCACUUUACUUUUACUGUGCAUUGCUUGUUGUCUGACCGCUUACUUGGUUAAACCGCGGCCAUUUUAGUGAACGUUCUUCGACGACUGUGGCACUGUUUACAAAUGCAAGCAGAAACCGCUUGGACGUUGAAAUCUAGUUUCGAAAACGCGAUGCGAAUCGAACAUUGUCCUCUUCUCGCUCUAUACGUCCUAUACCAAAAAUCGCUCAUAAUCUUUUUCUGUAUCGUUAAUUAAAGCAAAGUAUACAUUUGAACAGGGACAGUAAAAUGUGAAUUUACCCGAAUUAUGCAUGGAAAAUGAAUUCUUUUCAGUGUUGUUGUGAAUCUCGAUUACCUUUGGCUUAUUCUAUUUUGCGAAACGAAACAAAACCAAGCGAAACUAAAAGAAUGAUGGGGUAUAUUAUCUAAUAUUUAAAGAUAACUUUCACAACAAUUUUGGAAUAAACGUUUAGGAGGAUUUUUAAUUUUUUGACAUAUAUUUUGCGAAAUCGACCAUUUUCAUCUUGCGUUGACAAUGUGACAUCUUUUAUGUUACGAAAAUAAAUUUAAAUAUUUCAAAUGAGUAAAUUACCAAAGCCGUUGUAUGACACGAGAAUGGCUUCAUCGUUACCGCUCAGUGAUUAUAGUCCAUUUUGCAAAAUAGUAAUUGCUCUAAACUUGCUACUUUUCAAAUUGAUUUUAUAUGGAUAGUGAAAUAGGAGGUGACCAAGAUCUAUGGGAAUAUACUAUAAUUUAAAUUUUAAACGUAUUUUUGGGACCCGAAAAGAAAGAUAUUAUUGUGGGGUGAAAAGACAAAACAAAACAAAAAUGCAAACUUCCGAGAGCGCUCGGUGCGGCCAGUUUGUUGUCCCGUAGGCCAGGUUGUGUGCCCUGUUCUACGGUGUAACCCCGUGGCAUCUCAUGACCUUAUUUGGUAAAUGUUAUGAAUUUUCUCCUCGUCCCCUUCCCCUUCCCCCCCUCGCUAUCAAUGUCACAUCAAUUAACACACGCCAUUGAAAUUGUAAGGAAGACCAUGGCUUCUAAGGAAUUUUUAUGCUUUCUUUUCGUCUGUUUCUUUACCUUGGGAAGUGCUACCUACUGUACCUUCAAAAGCGAUUGUUCCUAUAGUGAGUCCUGUUGUACAGAUGGAGUCUGUAGAGAGAAAUGUUCCUACUGUUCGUACAACAGCCAGUGUGGGACGAACGAGCAAUGCUGUGAUGACAAAUGCAUCAGCAUUUUCUCCACUUGUUCCUGUUCGUCCACCUUCGAUUGUGGCAUUGAUGAGCAGUGCUGUAGUAGCACAUGCAUCAGUAGUUCGUCUUCUUGUUCCUGCACGUACGACUCCGAUUGUGACAUUGGAGAGGAUUGUUGUGGGGGAGUUUGUUCGUCAUCAUACUGUGGUUGGAGCGGUGGAGCUAUUGCAGGCGCUAUUAUCGGCACAAUUAUUUUCUUCGCAAUCAUCAUUUCCAUUGUGUCCUGUCUCUGCUGUGCUUGUUGCCCCUACUACCGCUAUCGUACACCCGGUACUGUGAUCGUCACCGGCAACCAGCCACAACAGAUCGUCUCAACCCAUACACACAUGUCGACGCAACAAGUACAUGUUCCUCCGCCGGUGAACUACAAUCAGCCUCCUCCAGUUGGUUACAACCCGCCUCCUCAAGGCUUUAAUCAGCCUCCUCCGCCUUACCCGAGCUAUCCACCGCCACCAAACCAAUAUCCUCCACCGCCGGGACAAGCUCAAGCGGCGCCGAUGCCGGCUGCAAUAAACUCUGCACAACCGCACAAGUUCUAA